GACUCUAUAAUUAAGGUAGCUAGCAGUAAAGACGAAAUUUGAUUUCUCUUCUUCUGGUCCGACUCGUACGGCUUUGAUAUAUUGGUUUUUGUUUGAUUAAUUCUUCGUUUUUUCAACUAUGGUUCAAUUGAUGAAUACUGUUGAAGUGUUGCCGGAGUUGCAGUGGCGGAAGGGGAAAACGGCGGUGGUGAAGCUGGAAAUAGAGGAUGAUUUGGAUGAAGCACACGGCCCACUCAACAAGCGAUCAAAGCUUUCCUCUUCUCUCCAACAGUUGAGUGUAGGAGCUGACGCUUUCCCAGUACCACCAUCGCAGUACAACCCGCUAGAUGAGCCCAGUCCAUUAGGUUUGAGGCUGCGGAAGAGCCCAUCGCUGUUGGAUUUGAUCCAGAUGAAGCUUUCCCAGGGAAGCAACCCCAAGGUGGGAAACCAUGGGAAGAAGGAGCAGAAAGGAAACUCUGUAACUACUGAAAAACUAAAGGCUUCAAACUUUCCUGCCUCAGUCCUGAGAAUUGGGAGCUGGGAGUAUAAGUCAAGAUAUGAAGGGGAUUUAGUAGCAAAAUGUUACUUUGCGAAGCAUAAACUUGUCUGGGAAGUCCUUGACGGCGGUCUCAAGAAUAAGAUAGAAAUCCAGUGGUCCGAUAUUAUGGGUCUGAAGGCAAAUUACGCAGAUGAUGGACCUGGAACUCUAGACGUAGUGCUAGCAAGACAACCUCUUUUCUUCAGGGAAACAAAUCCACAACCCAGGAAGCAUACUCUGUGGCAAGCAACGUCUGAUUUUACUGGAGGACAGGCUAGCAUACACAAGCAACAUUACUUACAGUGUCCACCGGGGUUGAUGGGAAAGCAUUUUGAAAAGCUCAUUCAGUGUGAUCCUCGUCUUAACUUCCUAAGUCAACAACCAGAGAUUACGCUAGAUUCUCCAUAUUUCGAAUCCAGAAUUUCAGUAUUUGAAGACCCAAAUGUAGCUGAUUCAGAAUUUAAUCUGAAUAAUGAGAAAAAUACCCCCUUUCUCAACUUGCAAGGUUCUGCCUCACCUUCAGGAGCCUAUUGUUCUACCUCAAAGGCUGAGCAAGAUGUUGUUAGAAGACCAUUGGAAGGUGUUCCUCCAGAGAGACGUUCGCCAAUCUCAGUGAUGGAUACAAGGGCAACUCAAGAUGUGAUGAGUAGAGAUAUGGAGAAAUUGAAAGGUCUCAGUAACCUGGAGCAGCUCAAAGUGCCUGGUCUUCAUCCUUCCAUGUCAAUGAAAGAUUUAGUGAGCCACUUUGAACAACGUUUCUCCGAGCAGGGUACAUCUGAAGUCAUCAACCUGUCAAGUGAUGAAUGGCAAAGCUUGCAGAUUCUGGAAGAUAUCUCGAGGUGCUUGUUUAGUGACACUCAGAAUAUGCCAGAGUCAGAUGAGAAAUCCCUCAUGUCAAGGGUGAAUUCUCUGUGCUGUCUUAUUCAGAAGGAUCCUGCAACAGCUCAUAAGAGUGAGAAUUCAGGUUAUGUUGCUGAUGAAGGAAAUAGAACUGAUGAAUUGAGUUUCUUCCCCGUAGCAGCAAGUGUAAAAAAGGUUGAAGAUCCUUCUACAACAGAGGAUAAAUCAAAUGAUCCAACUCCGUCAAUGUCGAGAAAAGACUCCGUAGGGGAGUUGUUGAUGAAUCUGCCAAGGAUAGCAUCACUGCCUCAGUUUUUGUUCAAUAUCUAUGAAGAUUCCGAGUACCAAGCUAGAUAGCAUCUGCUUAGUCAUCAUCAUCCGAAAGGAUGGGGAAGUUAAUCUUGUAUAUAACAAGUCUUCGUGCUCUCGAAGACACUGCUUAGCUAUAGUGACUUUUGAAUUUGACAUGUUAUCAAGUCUUUAGAGUUUAGAUGUUGUGCAGGUAGUUCAAUCAUCUUCUUUUUUUGUUGGUACCAACGUAUAAUGUUCUGCAAGUGGCUCAAAUAUUUCUUGUUGACAUUCUUUCA